CACAUUGUGAGGUAGAAGCAUUUUAUUAAAUAAAUUUUGAGGGUAAUUUUUUUCUGGUCAAAAUUACAAAUUGUGAAUUGUAUUCGAUUGCCUCAGUUCAAUUUCAGCUAUGUUCUUGUAUACAACUAUCCUGAUUUUAAUUCUAAAUCCCGAUAUGUCGAAGUCACGUUACGUUGGAUUGAAUGAAGAUGAAGAGCAAUUAUAUAGAACUGCAUAUGAUACACCCUCAUACCAAGAUGAUUGCGAUGAUGAAGACUUACAUAUUGGGAAUCUGGACUUGGUUAAAGACGGCCUGUGGGCUUUGAAAGCAAAAGUCAAAGAAUUAAAGGCAUUCAACAAAGCCUUAGUGGCGAAUUUGCUUACCACGAAACUUAAACUGAAGGAACUGUUGAUGAAUAAAGUACUUGAAAAGAAAGAAAAGAUUGAAGCGUUUAAAAAGGACAAACAUAUAAAAUAUCAGUUGCAAGAUCCGCCAUAUUCACAGUACCCUGCAAUUCCUCAUGGUUACGACCCCUACAUUGGAAUGUAAAGUUAAAUUGUCAAGUAUUUUGCGCAGGACGCUUUUAUAAAGAAUAGUAAAGUUUUUUUAGCAAAACUUUACGUAAUUUAUGUAAUUUUUAAAAUGUAUUUAAAUAUUUUUAAAGUAUUAAAUUUGUAACUUUAAAAUGAAAUAAAUUUAACAAAAUGG